AUGUAUAGCAGACACAGUUUUUAAAACAUUGGCAAAAAUGAAAUUUAUUAUUACAAUAUUUAUUUUAAUCAGCUUAUUAAAUGUAAGUUUUGGAAAAAUUUAUACAGAAUGUGAAUUAGCCACAGAGUUAUCUAACAAAUUUGACAUGAAAUACAAAGAAAUUCAAAAUUGGGUCUGUAUUGCUAAAACAAGCAGUAACUUUGACACAUCAAGAAAAGAACAUUUUUCUAAAAAAAGAAUUUAUUAUCAUGGACUAUUUAUGAUAAGUGAUCGUUAUUGGUGUAGUCAUGGUGCAAAUCGAACUCAAGAAAAUAUUUGUAAAGUCAGGUGUUCAGAAUUACGUUCAGAUGAUAUUGCUGCAUCUGUGAAUUGCGCAAGAACAAUUUACAAAGAAGGUGGUAACAGCUAUAAAAGAUGGGGUAAAACAGCAAAAGAUUGUAAAAAUAAUUUACCAAAUUUAAGGCACUGUUUUACAAAAUUGUUUAAAUUACCAAAAGGAAAAGACUUGAAUAUGAAAAUUUAAACAUUUAAUUAAUAAAGUAUGAUAAAAGCUAUCCGUUUUACUAAAAAUCACCAAGAAUAUCCAGGUGAAGAAUGGUUCAACCACAGAAGAACGUUAUGAUGUGGAUACAUCAAUCACAUGUAUUGAAAUAUUUAUUUAGAACAUCAAUAUUACGGGUAAAAGUUAAUUUUAGUAAAAUAAAGUGCAAGGUUUUGUCAAAUUCGAGCGCCCAGUUUACCAAUUUGAAGCUUAUUUCGUUGUGGGAAAAGUUGGUACGUCACACAUUUGACCUAUUUUUUAUAUUGAACUUAUGAAUUUUAAACUUGUGUCAUAGAGAAAAAAGUUGAUGCAUGCGACCCUCUUUUAAGUAGGGCGAAUUAAAUUUGAUAUAGUGUUUAUUAUUUAUGGAAUAAUAUAUUGUAAUUUU